AUGGCCGAUGAAGAUAGAUUGCUACCAAUAGCCAAUGUAGGGAGACUUAUGAAGCAGAUCCUACCAUCAAAUGCAAAGAUCUCAAAAGAAGCAAAACAAACAGUUCAAGAGUGUGCAACAGAGUUCAUCAGCUUUGUUACCUGCGAAGCCUCAGACAAGUGCCACAGGGAGAACCGAAAGACGGUGAAUGGAGAUGACAUCUGGUGGGCUCUAAGUACUCUAGGCCUCGAUAACUAUGCUGACGCCGUGGGGAGGUAUCUUCACAAGUACCGUGAGGCCGAACGAGAAAGAGCUGAAAACAACAAAAGCAGCAACGAUAGUGGAAAUGAGAGAGAACCAAACAUCACAAGUGGUUAUAGUAGAGUUUUGGAGAAAGGAAGCAGCUCUUCUGCUCGUUGAGAUAAAUCUAUGUGACCUGAAUCAUGUACUAUUAAAAGAUCUAUAGAGAGAAGAAUAAGAGGAUUAUAUAAGUUUA